CCGCUCGUGAGCGCGCACCGGCUGAACGCGCCCAAGUUUCGCGGCGGACGCGGACGCGCGGCUCUCCUCGCAAAUCGCUCUCGGUACCGAACAGGGUGAAGUACCACCGACCAGAGGCCGAGGCGUCGUUUCUGUCACUCUGUGCCGUCCGCCUACGUCCCAUCUCUGCCCUGAAAUGCACGCUGUACCAGACAUUAGCCAGCCUCGAUCGAUAGCACCAACCCUACGAGACGCUUCUGCGUGAGAGAACGCAACGGAUCAUCUGUGAGUCACCCACCUAAUCUAACGCACUCGAACGAACGGCUUUCCCGGCGUAUCGAUCCGAGCGGAUUAGUCGUCCGAUGCUCAUUGUCUGAGGCUUUCAGCGGCGGCCAGAAAUGGGAUGCUCGCCGUGGGGCGAUCAGUAAACUGGCACCCAACGUAGGGACAACACCUGCAAACCGCGUCCCAUCUGGAACCAAUUAUCCUCAUCCCCGCAGCCAAAAGAAACGAGCGCGUGACUCGAGCCCUUGCCGUUUUUAUCCGCUGUGGCAGCCCGUUGAGUCUCGUCCCGUCGGCUCGCGCCGCGCCACUUGCGGGUCAGAUCCGACUUGACAGGUCUAGGAAUAAAAAAGGCUGUCAUUCUGACCCCCGGUGGUGCCGGAUUGCUCCACUUGUGUCACUUUGCGUGUCCGUCACGCGGUCGAAAGCGUCGACUUUGGCCUGGUUUGUCCACACCGGGGUCGCCGCACCGAUCUGGCCAAUCUCUCCGCCCGAGCCUCUCUCACGACAGCCUGCAAGUUCUGCCGCCGCCUCCCCUGGAGGAUGAGCGAUGUGUCCACGCUGGACUAUGAGCUGCUCUCGCCGGGGCCGUCGUUCGCCGGGGUCCCCAGCAGCCCACCUCUUGGCGGCGACGCCGAGCAAAGGACGGCCUUCGCGUUCGUGGGGCUCCUGAUGCUGUUUUUGAUAUUCCUGUUGGUGCGUUGCUUCCGGAUCUUGCUGGACCCGUACAGCCGAAUGCCCGCUUCGUCUUGGACCGAUCACAAGGAGGGUUUCGAGCGGGGCCAGUUCGACUACGCCCUGGUGUAGUCACGUGACCUCGGGAAGCCGCCUGCCUUAGCCCAACUUGCGGCCUGACUCCAACCCUGUAGCUAAAGGUCAUUGCACAAAUUUUGGCGUAAAUUUUCGCAUGUUAAGAAACACAAAAACACAAAGCACUGUAUAUAGAUCCUAGCACACCGAAUCGGUCUUCUUUUUAAUAUGUGGCUCUAGUAUCGCUAGCAAAGCAUUAAACUGAGCUUCUGACAUAACAAAGUAAACUUUGAAUUGCUGUGAUUAACCCCAACGGUCCUUAAAGGGUUAGUUCACCCCAAAAUGAAAAUCCAGUCCAAACCCGUAAGGCCUUCGUUCAUCUUCGGUACACAUGAAAUCAGAAAUCAGACGUUCCUUAAACGUUAACACAACUGAAAUUUUCACAGGUCCAGAAACGUAGCAUUAGUAAAUACAUGGUAAAAUAUGACAUCAGUGGAUCAAAAAACAAAAAUGACAAUUUACUCAACCUUUUUUCCCCAGAGUUGUGUCUUCUGCUGUUUUGAAAUACAUUAAGUAAUCUCCAAAAUGGCAGAGGAUGUAAAUUAUUUUUUAUUCUUUGCGCAAAAAAGUAUUCUUAUAGCAGCUUCACAAACCUGAAGUUGAUCCACUGUUGUCACAUGGACUGUUUUACCGAUGUGUUUACUAUGUUUCUGGACCUGGGAUCGUUUCAGUUGUGUUGCUGUCUAUGGAGGGUCAGAUGGCUCUCUGAUUUCAUCAAAAAUGUCUUAAUUUGAGUUUUAAAGAUAAAGGAAGGUCUUACGGGUUUGGAACGAUUAAUGACUGGAUUGUCAUUUUGGGGUGAACUCUCAGUUCCUCUAUAUCUCAUAUAUAUCCCAAUGUAAAUGUAUUUUUCUUUUUAAGAAGCGAGAAGAUAAAAUCAUAAAUCAUCCUUACUGCUUUAAGACUCCAUUUAGUACUAUUUUGCUUUUUUUUAAAUUUUUUUUUUUCGCAAUGUAUAAAUUACUACACAGCGCACAAGGUUUUUGUGCGUGACAAAUUUUUAGGAGAACAAAUACAACAAAAAAAAAAAAAUUUUGCAGUGACCUUAAUUGCGCUUAAACCAUCACGGGUUCGAUUCCCAGGGGAACGCACGUGCCAUGUAUACCUUGGAAAGUACUUUGGGCGUGAAGAAUUAACAGGGUCGACCAUUUUUUCCGCUGUAGCUACUUCCUCAGGACGGUCUACAAGGUCUACUACGAAUAAACGCAUGAAGUCGUGAAGUCUCCAGUUCAAGGUGCCCAACACAAUGCUCACUGUGAACUAUUACCACCCUUCGGCUACUGUACAUACUUCAUUGUUACUGUAGAUAUAUCUCAAUUGUAAAAGACUUGAGGAAGUUCUUCAAUGGACCCACGUAGAUGGCAUAUUUAAUUUAACGCAACGGAAAACGAGGGUGUGAUGGACAGGUGUGAGCGAGUCUGGGACACUAGAAACAUGGGUUUACAAAAAAAAAGGUAAAAUGGAUUACAAUUUGCGAAAAAACAAGACGAUAACUUGACCUAGAAACUGUUUAGCUGUUAAUUUGUUGCAUUGAAUGUAAUUGAUGUUUUUAUUAAUGAUUUAUACCAUAAAAAAACGGUCAGGAAAUUGUCGUUUUACGUUGGAUGUUACAUUGAAUGCAACAAAUGCUUUUAACAAUUUAAACCAUAAAAUUCGGCAAACUCACGAAAUUGUCGCUUUGCGUUAAAUGCUGUAGUAAAUGCAUCACAUGGUUCACACAAAGUUCACGCUUUAAAAUCAGUAAACGCUCACUGAAUGGUCACUUUGUUCAUUUUGGCAUUUACUGCAGCAAACGGUGAAAACGAAAAAUCACAAAACCGGCGAGAUCGAACGAACGGUUUACAAAAAUGACACCGUAAACGUAGCUGGGCUGUCAUUAAACUGUUGCUUUGGAUUUAACGAAUUUUGAAAGCAAUUAACUUUUUUUUUUUCUGCUUAGUCAUUGCUGCCCUCGUUUUCUUGUGUGUCAAAUUAAAGCCACCACCCAUUCAGUACGAUUUCUGUCUAUCUAGCAUGGCAAUUUUGCGCAAAAUACGACUUUUAAAGAUAACUUCAGUAUUGUUGGAAAGCCCGAGGAUGUCCUACAUACCUGCUGCCUUCGACAGACUCGUUCUCAACUCUGUGCUUUAUACGUUUCUGAGGAUGUUCUAGAUUCGGAGCAAAAAUCCCUUUAAGACUUUAAAAACCGAGUGUCAGUCCUUGUAUUAUUGCCGUCUGACUCUUUCCUGUCCUGUGACUAUGUGUAUAUAAGCCAUAUGUUCUCAUAUCUCGAGGGUGUUCAUGUCAUUGGUUGUCUGUUUGCUAAUCUGCCGAGCUCUCUGAAACCAUUGUGAUCUAAGAGAGGUUUAGAAUCGACCGAAAGCUUUAUUUUUGUAUCCCCACUCAGAUUUGGAGUUCCCUUUUUGCUAACGUGUCGUCUUGAAUUUGUAGCUCUCAUUUGGACGGAUGCGCAAGGAAUGUCGACGUGCCAAGAAACAGAGGAGCUUGCAUUUGCUUUGUGAGUUUUGUAAGUAGAUUGGAUAUUUUCCUAAUUCCCUUUUGUCUGAAAUAAAACCGGGUUUAUUCA